AUGCACUCGCGUCGACCCGAAACCUUGAAGAUUGACAUCUCCAAGUAUAGGGGGGUCGAAGAAGACUCCCUCUUGAGAUGGUUCUUCGAAUUGGAUGACGCCAUAAGGGCGCGUCGCAUCGACGAUGGGCAAAUGCAAGUUGCAUUUGCACAGUCAAAUCUGGCAGGACGUGACAAGACUUGGGCACUGGGGCUCAAGUUGCACGACCCAUAUGCGUUUGGGUCGUUGGAAGUCUUCAAGUCGCGGCUCAGACAAACGUUUGAACCGCCUAGAGCUGAGUUCAGAGCUCGAACUGAACUCUUGAAGCUCAAGCAGGGUAAGCGUGAUGUGCACGCUUACGCUCAACAUAUACGACAUCUCACGAGUUGUAUAAGUUCCAAUCCGGUGGAUGAACACACGUUGGUUUCGGUGUUCAUGCAGGGUCUUGCGGAUGGUCCCGUCAAGACUCACCUGUUCCGGCUUGAACUCGAUUCACUAGAACAAGCCAUUUCCAUUGCGGAGCAGGAAGACUUCAGUCUGAGACAGGCUCGCGCCAGCUCGACAUCAUAUCGUCAACCGAGACGAUAUGACAACGGAGGUCCAGAGCCGAUAGGACUCUGUUAUGUAGAGAGCGAGAAAGCUCGCUCUACAGGCUACAAGAAGUUCCAGAGAUGCAACAGAUGUCAAAAGACAGGACACUACGCUUAUGAGUGUAGUGCCCCUCGUCCAGUGUCUCGCGACACUGGGCGUAGUGACCGUCCACCCAUGAGAAAGGGGCAGGGACGCGGGUCCGCUGUUGGUGCAAAGACGCAACAACGGGAUGGACCGUCAAAAAACGGUCAGGAUCAGUAG